UCAAGGUAGAAGAAAUGAUUUUAAAUUUCUUGCAGUUAGCAGCAUACAGUAUUUAGGUAAAUUCAUUUAUUGGAAAAUGUCAGAAUUGUGCAUUCCGUUUUUGAUUGUGAUAUUAUGUAGUAAUGGUUCUUUCAGUGAAUCUUUAGACGAACAACUUAAAUUGAUGUUCAAUAGAUCGGAUUUACGUUGUCCUAAAGAAUGCGAAACCCAAGAAUUCCUCAACGAAAUGAGAUUUGAAAAUAGUAUGGAAUGUUGUACAUGUACGGCUGAAUCAUUAUGGAUAGUUGAAGGAAAUGUAAAUGGAAAACUAAAUGAUACUUAUGUUGGACAUUUUGAUGUCUCGUUUGUCAAAAAUGAUAUUGAAUUGAAAGUUAAAGACCAUGAUGUUCAUUUCUAUAACUUGAUCUACACUUACGGAAACCUCACUGCCGUUCCAAUUUCAGUCUGCAAUUUUAAUACAAUUGUCUACAUCGACUUGUCAUUCAAUCAAAUUAUAGAUAUCCGAAAUAUCACAUGCUUGUCUCUACUAGAUACAUUACUUUUGGCGGGAAACAAAAUACAAUCUUUGAAUGCUGAAGUAUUCCAUGAAUUUAAACAUCUCAGAAGAGUUGAUGUUUCUUUCAACCAAAUCACCGAAUUGGAACCGAAGUUUUUCCUAUAUAUGGAGGGUAGUAUGUUUCAUUUUGAUCUAUCGUAUAACAAUAUGACAGAAAUCGACGUCACAAACAUGGUUUGGACGAGACAAAUAUACUUCUGCACUGUUAACUUUUCUCAUAAUGCUCUGAACGAAAUAACAAAUCCCUCAAACUUUUCAUUUCAACCAGAACAAGAUUUCGGCCGUGGGGGAUAUCUCGACUUCACAUAUAACAAUUUUAGCCAUUUUUUCAACUUUGAAAAAAUCGGUUUUCAUGAUUUGAAAUUAUUUGGAAAAAUGCAAUUUUACAGUUUCGACUUUCAGUAUAACAACUGGAUAUGCGAUUGCAAAUUCUAUCCAUUUGUAUCGCAGGCUACUAUUAGUUCUUACAUUUUAUAUGCAAGUCAUGUCAACUUCAAAUGUAACAGCCCACCACAGUUUAAGAAUAAAAUUAUUAAAAACUUCCAGCACUAUCCAGAUUUACUUAUCUGCAACAUUUCAAUGUCUGCAAGAUGUCCUCACAAAUGUCAUUGCUUCUAUCAACCAAGUCAGGACAAAACUGUUGUCAAUUGCCGUACGAAAUUAUCGUCGAAAAAAUUUCCGUUAGUUUUACCAGAAUACCAGAACUUAGCUUUAGACUUUUCUAAGAAUUUAAUUUCUGAUCUAGAUAACCAGUUUGAAAGAACAAAGAAUUACACCUCCCGAAUAAAAGAAAUCAAUCUUGAAGGAAACAAUAUCGAAAGUAUUUCGGAAUUUGUUGUGUCUCAGCUAAAAAGUACCACGAUGAUUAAUAUGAAACAUAACCCGAUAACAAGUAUUGAUAUGUCCCUAAGAAACUUACGGCCUUGCAAUGUUCAGUUAGGACGACUAGAUAUUGUUUGUACAUGUAACGAUCUUUGGUUCCAGAGUUGGCUACCGUCAUCAACAAUGCCUUGCUAUAAUAACACAUGGAUAUUCUGUAAGACCAACACUGGUUACAAAUCUAUUACUCAGAUUACAAAAAGCGAGCUAGGUUGUACAGAAUAUUAUCAUCUUAAAUGGUUCAACUUAUGUAUUGGAAUCAUAGUUAGCCUUGUCGUGAUAUUCGCAUUUACGGGCUAUAACUUCUAUAUUGAAAUUUAUAUUGUAUGGCGACGCUUUUUAAGAAAACUUAGCAGGCCAGUUUCUAGAACCUUUUUUCAAUAUGAUGUCUACAUAUCUUGCAAUGAAGAAGACGAUGGACUUCGUAAUUGGAUAUCGAAUGAGCUUUUACCGCAUCUGAACGAAAGGGGACUUAAAUCUUUUCUACCGUAUCGCGAUUGCCAACCUGGUAGACCACGCGAAGAAGAAAUAAUUGAUACCGUAUCGAAAUCUAAAAGCAUUCUCGUUCUUCUAAGCGACCUACAUCAUUUAGAACGUGAAAGCACGAAAGCUUGGAUUUCUUGUGAGUGGAAAUAUGCCUGGUUGAAUUAUCGAGAAGAUUUUUUGAAAAAUGUUAUUAUCAUAAAUUAUGACUUUCUAUAUAAUCGUGAUGUUUCUAACAGGUAUAUACAAGCUUUUAUGAGAGCUAGUACUUGUAUUGAUUUUUCUAACUAUAGAAAGGAUAUGUGGUCGUCAUUAAAUUCUUUGCUAGGACUUUCUUCUCCGAGUUAUGGAUUUAGAUAUCAUCGGUUUCAAAACAGUCUGGAUACAGCUGCGAUUUAUUUACAAACUUGAUGUCGGUAUCAAUCGGUUUUCAAAUAUUCACUUUUUACAGUUAUCUUUACAGUUUUUGUACAUGGAAAAUUAAAGUUAAUCACCUUUUUCUAUGAAGAACAAGAUGAUCGAGUAUUAGUAUGUGUAUAUAUAAAAUAGAAUAUAGCAAAGUGCUCUCGACCAAUCAAACUGUAAAAUUUGGUGUUCAUUAAGUAUGAAGAAUGAAUGUAAACAUGUUUUAAUUAAGGUAUAAGAAUAUUAUUUUAACCUAUUUACAGUUUAAAAAAAAAAGAACUUAUAGAAAUGAGUCACAACUGCCAGAUGCACAUUCAUCAAAUUGACAGGAUUAUUGUUAAAAGUUCAGUUUAGAAAAUAUGUUCGAAGUUUACGUGUGCAAUAUAUUUGGUAUCAUUUAGGUUAUUAGGUGAAUAUUUUUAGAACUUUAAAAUUCCAAAAUAAAAAUAGCUAACAUCAAAGCAAUGUAAAAGACGAAAGAAAAUAAAAAUCACUUCUUCUAUUAAAUUUAACCUUAAUCUUUAGCCAAUACGCUUACCAAAAAUCCAAUUACUGUAUCCGCAGUAAGAAGGAAUAGCAAUUUCAAAUAUACCGGUACAUACAUGAGAUCAAACAUCAAAUGUAUCUUUUCAAUCUUCAAAAACGUUUUCUUUUAAUUGUUAAAUUUAAGUUAAUUAAGUAGCAUUUGAUGUAAGAUGCUGAAAUACAAUUGGUUUUAGAAUGCGCUAUAGUGUUGUAUCUGUUUUUUGCAGCAAAUAAACAAAAAGACAAUUCACACUCAUACUCACAAUUGAGAAACUCAUACAAUUUCUACCAUUCCAUUGUACCGUUGUGUCAACUUAAGUCUAAAACACAUUUUGUUAGAAUUUCCCAAACUAAAAGUACAUUUGUACGUCUUCACAUCACUUAGACUAAUAUAUAAGUAAAACACAUAAGAAAGGAGUCAUCGAUUAAUUAUAAACAUUGCACUAACAAUGGAACAAAUUCAUGAAUAAAACCAAUCAAGAGAUCAUUUGAGCCUUGAGCACUUUACCAUAUUUUAAGUUUGUAAGAGAAUGAUUAUCCCUUUCUUAAUGAUAAGUACUCUUUAAUGCUCGUACUUAAUCAUCACGAGAGAGAUCAUCAUUCUAUUACAUAUACACAAGUCAUAUACAAGUCAGAUAACAACCGAUCUAUGAUUUUGAACUAAGAAGAGUAAUUGAAUGUUUGUGCAUUAUUGUACUAGGUUAAAACUACCCAUUUUCAUUUCAAAUUUCAAUUUUAUAAACUUUCAAACCAUCUAAAUUUAAUUUGCUAAUGCGAUCUUAAAAAUAAGACGUUUCAAUUUAUACGGUUUCGCUUGCUGAUCAACAAAUCAAACCAUCUUGUGGUAUACUAUUGGUUAGGUUAGGUGAUUAAAUGAUAAGGAUUGCAUUCAAAGUUUGAUUUUAUUUGCCUAUGAUUGGUGUUAUAAAUAUAUUUUUAUAUGACAAACAUCUGGAAUUUUUUUAACUGUACAGUAAAGAAACACUAAUCAGUCUCACGGUGUUGACAGAUGGUUCUCAACUUUUGCUACAUAUCAAUUUUACUAAGAAUAUAUCAAAUGCUUGAACAACUUAAUUCCGGCAUUUAACAUUGUACGUAAAAGCCUGUUUCUAUUUCAAAUUCAUAUUAUACACACAAUGAAUAUGAUGAACUUUGUGAGUUGUUAUCAUUUUACCCUUCAGCAUUAUCAUCUAAAUUAUUUAUAUCAUACUCAUUCUGUUGUUUUAUUUCAUUUUAAUUCAAUUAAAGAUCAAAUCGUUUCUCGUGUAAGCAAAAACAUCAAAGUAUGAAUUAUUCUGAUAUUUUUAUUAGUCUCCAGGUUAAAUGAUUGUUAAAAAUUGGUAAACUAAUAUAUGUAAUAUAAAUAUAAAAAGAUAUGUUAAGUAAAGUGUUUGUAAAGAAAUAUGAAAUAGAACACUGAUUUGAAUGAGUGCCGUUUUGUUUUACCGAUAACAAUCAUACAAAGGUACAUGUGAUAUGCAUAUUCAUAUGGACUUUAAGUGAAAAGACAAGUUUAAUAAACAGCUUUUGACACAAGCGGUCAAGGUUGUCACUUCAAAAUAAGUGCCUUUUUAUAUUUCUUUAGCGAUAAUUUUGAUAAACUCCUUUAAACCUUUUUUUUAAUGUAUAUUACAGAGGUUGCAUUGUUACUCAAAUAUUAUAUACUGUUGGAAACACAAUUAUAUUCCCAAUAUUUAUUAUCGUUUUUGCAAGGUCUCUAUUAGAUCCAUUAAUCAUAUUGUGGACAUCAACGUUAAGAGUUACAAUAAUGCAUAGAGACAUAGCUACCUACUCGUUCUUCAAUGAUCUUUUGAAUUUUUAACAAUGAUAACAAUGAUCAAUGCUGUUAAAAUAGAACAAAAUUGUCCCAAAACUUAAAUGGGGCAUAGGACUUUUGCUUUUGGUGCCAUUAUAACUUGGUAUGAUGUAUUUUAUGCAGUGCUUUUCAUUGUAAUUGCUUAACAUUUGUAGCAACGGAUAGCUUUUAUAGCUUCUUCAAGAUAAUUGUGUGUCUAUAUCUAUAUUCAAAGUUCAAAUUCUUUCAUGUACUAUCUCUGUACGACAUAUAUUUUUAGUUUAUAUACUGUAAUGAUUAUAAAUGAUUUAUUUUUUUGGGGGUAAAAAGGUUUUCUGUUCUUAUCAUAUGUGGUAUUCAUCUGAAUUUGUAUGUGCUGCAAAUGUUCUGAAUAUCACACCGUGACGUUACUACUUUUUUUGUAACAUUUUGAUAUACGAUAUAUAAUUGAAAUCAUUGAAGUUUUAAAAGCAGAGAGGGCAGAUAACUUUCCGUUUUAUGACAAUGAAAACCUUUUGGCAGAGUCGUUCAUUCCCUAAGCUACUGUUAUCACCAAUGUAAAAUGUUAUGAUAUCUUUUAUUGUUCUUAUCUGAAUGUAAUUUAAAAUUUGUAUUUAUGUUUUUUUAUUGUGUUUUUUUAUGGUGGCGGUGUUACUUCUCAAUCUAUGUACACUAUUUAUAUUUAUUUAGUGUUGGAUUAUUGCAUAAUUGGUCUCAUGAUUUGUAUGGUAUUAUGAUGAAUAAUUUUUAUACAAAAACCUUGAAUGGUAUAUGUUUUCGAGUCUUUCAUGUAUCAAUAUUGCUGAAGCGAGGUAUCAUCUGUAAGUAGGUCAUGUCACAAUUACAUUUGGCUGAUCAUAUUUAGAAUUAUUUACCGCGUAUGCCUAAGCUACUGUUAUCACCAAUAUAAAAUGAUUUGAUAUUUUUUAUUGUUCUAACCUGAAUGUAAUUUAAAAUUUGUAUUUGUUGGUUUGUUUAUAUUAUGUUUAUUGAUGGUGGCGGUGUUACUUCUCAAUCUAUGUACACUAUUAAUACUUAUUAAGUGUUGGAUUAUUGCAUAACUAGUCUCAUGAUUUGUAUGGUAUUAUGAUACAUAAUUGUUAUAUACAAUCUUGAAUGGUAUAUGUUUUCGAGUCUUCCAUGUAUCAAUUUUGCUGAAGCGUGGUAUCAUCUGUAAGUUGGUCAUGUCACAAUUACAUUUGGCUGAUCAUAUUUGGAAUUUUUUAUCUCGUAUGCCUUACGUCAGAGAAAAAAGUUUGGCAGACAAACAGUUAUGUAAGAAAUGUGUGUGAAUAAUUUUAAAUAAAUCUUAAUGUCAAAUUUUGUUUUAGACUUAAUGUCAUAUUGGUAAACUUUAACUAUUUAGACAGAUACAGCAGUUGAUUUUCUCUUCCGUUGUCAAAUUUUCCUCUUUUGUGAAUCUAGUAAUCUGUAUAAAGUCGAUUCUUGGUAAUUAUAAAGCUGUUCGGGAAGUUGUUUCUUUUUUCUUAUCUAUAUCUUUGUAUUGAUAUUUUGUUGAGAUCACAGAUAUGAUUUUAAGGAAUUUUUAUUUCUUUCAAAACGUUUUAAAACUAAAGGAAGGAAAUUAACCAGGAUAUUUAAAGUCUUGUUCAUAGCGUGAAUAUAUAUCAUUAUCACACAGGAACUAAGAAUUUAGUAAUUGUACUCAUCACGUUUAGAAUUUGUGGCACGAAUAAUCAUGUCAAAAAUGGAUCGUAUAUUAAAUAAUAAAAUACAAUACAAUACAAGACAGAAAAAAAACGUUAUUCUAAAGUACAGUUUUAUCUCAAUUGAGAGCUCUAUAUAAAAUUCUUAUGUAUAAAUCAUAUAAAGAUUCCAUUUGUAAUAUGCAUUGCAUGUUUUCUUUUAAAUUUACUUGAAUUUUUGUUUGAUCAAGUUUUGGUAAUUUUUUUCCUUUUUUUUCCAUUACAUGUAGUUCCGAGCAAAUAGUUCUAGAGAUCAAACUGUCACAAGAAGAUUGGUUUUAACGUUAUUUUGUUUUUUCCUUUGAAACCUUAACUAAAGAAACCAUGAUACAUGUGUGUUACUUUAAAUUUCUGACGCCUUCUCGUCAAAAAAUUGUCUGCUUCGGUUGGUUAACUUUAUUUUAAGAUAUAUAGCUGUAUACUCCUAUUUUCACACACAUCUUUGAAUUUCAAAUGGACAAUAUGUUUAAAAUAUUUCUAACAUUGCGCGUCUGGUAUCUAUGAUGAGUUGAUUUACAAUAUCAAGUGCAUUUUAUUCUUAACACUGUUUAAUAAUUCAUGAAAAUCUUACCAUUAUAAUAUAAAUUGUAGAAAAAGACACUACACGCAGUAACUGUAGAGACUUUUGGUUUUUGUAUAAAUAUGUCAAUAAAUAUUACAUUUUAUUA